AUGGCAAACGUCUCCGCCUUACUAACUUCCGUCUUUUUAACUUAUACAACGGUAAAAUUAAUUUCUGUACCAAAUACCAAAGUAGCAUUAGUCCAUCGACUCAUUCAACUACUCGUUUUUACUUACACAAUUGCUUAUAUUCUGUAUUGGAAGAGAGGCUAUCAACAAAUACAAAGGCCAAUUGGAAUUUCCAUUACAAAAUUAAAAUACAAUAUUACUGGACAAGAGGGAGAAAUAUUCGAUCAGACACAAAUUUUAGCUGUGUAUAUAACUCAAGAAGUAAUCGAUAUUGUCCCAUUUUUCGCAUUAGCACAAUCAUUGAUGAAUGUCAAAUUAGUCAGCAGAAGCACGAUUCAUUGUUGGAAGAGGCAAGGUGGACUUAUCGAAAUUGGACAAGUUUGGAAUUGUAAUUUUGAUUUUAACGAACAAAAUUGUUUUCCAACAUACGAAUUUCGCCUGUUAGACAGCGCACCAAAGCAACUAUCUCCAGGAAUCAAUUUUCGCUAUGUGAAGGAAACAUAUAACUCAAAUGGAACAUAUCGUCAGUCUGUAAAAGUGUAUGGAAUUAGGUUCGUUAUCACAACUAGCGGUCAAAGCGGAAAAUUCGACAUACUGAAUACAUUUAUGGCUACAGUUUUAUGGCAUUAG